CGACGCCCACUUUCCUCCGUAGUCUUCCUCCCACAAAAACUGCGCCACAUCUUCAUCCUCCUCCUCGUAACCUCCUCCAAUCGUGCCGGCGGCGCAGCAAGGUAGAUCAUCUGAGCCUAUUCAUCGCAACCUCAAGAUCCCCCGGGGAAGAAGGGGCCAUGAGUCCCACGGCGUCGUGCAGAAGAUAUAGAACCUACUCCUACAGGCUAUUAGAAGCUGAAGGCAAUUACAAUCAUCAAGAACAAUCAAAUGAUGCAACGGCUAGGACUUUCUCAAUUACGAUCAAUGAUGGCCAGUAUUCCAAGUGGAAGGAUGAACGAUGAUGCUCCUCAGGAAUUUGGAUCGUUGUAUGGUGGUGAUGAUAUUGAGGGAUCUGUGGAUGAGAUGAUCAGUAAGGGAAAUGAAGACCAGAGGCACCUACCCAAGCUGUCAAAUUUGCAUCAGAAGGUGGGAUUGUACUUAGGCAGCACAUGCCGAUAGUUCCACACAGGACGGAGUACAAGAAGGAAGAGAACACCGGUAAAAUAGAAAACUACACUGGAAAGAUUGUUCAGUAAGAGCAGCAUGCAUUGAUAUGCUAAAGGGUGGGCAACGCUAGAUGAGGUAUAAGCUAAAAAAGAAAUACUUCAAUGGGGUUCCAGCGAAUCAAGUGAGGACUACAUCGCCUAUUUCGUUCAUGAUCGACGACCAAUGGAAACUUCUAAUGGAAAUGUGGUCUACCUCAAAGCACAAGGACACAUGUAUGAAGAACAAAGUUAGUUGUGAACAAGUAAAGUUUCCACAGGGCACAGGCUCUCAAUCCUACAUUGCAAAGGCAUAUUCAAUGGUUGAUAUGGAAUCAAUGGCGGCAGCACCAGUUGAAGAUGGACACCACGUAAAGUCUUCAAUAGAAGUAGUUUCCCAAGUGCUACCUAAAUCAAGUUUAUUCCUUCAGAAUGUAGGCCUAGCCCCCACCAACAAAAGCUCUUAAAUGACUGUUUCAGCAAAGGUGCAGCAACUUGAGUCUCAAUUACAAAUUGAGAGGCAAGAAAAAGAUGGACUACGAGAUGAAGUCCAAAGCUUGAAGGCUAAGACACAGGCAUCUGAUGAGACCAUUGCUAAGUGAAGAAGUCCAUAGCAGAAAAUAGUAGCCUCCUUCGUCAGAUUUUAAGCAUAAAUUGUAGCCAAGUGCCUCCUUAAAUAUGCCUACCAACUUGAUGGUGUCAAGAUACAUCACAUACCAGAUGGAGGAUUAAAGUUAUAUGAGCCUAAGCUACAUGAUUAUUAGGAUUUAUGUUAUUGGAGUCCAAAUUUGUUUUUUGUUGAAAUACUUGUGCUAGAUUUUUUUGGAUGGAUGAUAUACUUUGAAAUUAGAU